AUGAGAACUUUAAAGUUAAUAAUUCUAUUAAUUCUAUCUACAUUUAAAACUAUAAAUUCGACAAAUAUAAAAAUUAGUGAAUGUGGAAAAGCUAGAUGUGUUCCAAAUGGUGAAAGUUCAACAGAUGGUGGUCAAUGUGGUUUACCGUUACCAGGAGUUAUUGGAACAGCAGCAUUGAAUGUUUUUGCAUUUGAUAAAGGUUCAAGAUGUGGGGAAUGUUAUGAAUUAACAGGCCCACUAGGAAGCACAGUUGUUAUGAUAACAGAUGGAUGUGAUGCUGGUGAUGCAUGCCAACAAAAAGAACUAUUCAAUUUUAUCAUUUCAAAAAAAGAUUUUAAUAAAAUUGGUAAUUCAAGUGCAUAUGGCAAUAUUUAUUCUUUGGGUUAUCAAAAAGUGUCUUGUGGAUUUAGUGGAUAUAUAAAAGCGGUUUUUGGGGGUGGUUCCAUUGCUGGAAGACCUGACUACUCUUAUUAUUUUCAUGUUAGUUUUUCAAAUUUUAAUAUUGGUAUUAAACAAGUUCAGUUGAUGGGAACAGGAAUGUCAAGAAUUAGUACAUUAAAAAGAGAUUUGGGAAAAUAUACAUGGAAUCAAGAAGGUGGCGGAGCAAAAUUACAAUUUCCAGCAACAUUAAUUUUGACAGGUAUUGAUGGUCAAACCCUAUCAUAUAAAUUUAAUAAACCACCAUCAGGCCAAAUGAUUGAUAUUAAGAAACAAUUUGCACCACCAACACAAAAGUCAAGUAGUGCAUUGGUUUUAAGAGAAUCUGAAAAGAAAUGUGAGAUGGGUAAAUUACCAGAUUAUGUUUAUCAAGAAUCCCUAGGACUUGGAUGGGUGACCUAUUUCAGUUGGAAAUUUGAUUAUAUUAAUUUGGAAUCUCACGAAACCAAUAAAAAAGCAUCAAUGGGUAAAAAAUUAAUUCAAGUUGAAUUAAAAGGAUAUGGAGGUUUACAUUUCACCAGAGAGGGUGGUUUUCAAACAAAGUAUAUAAAAUCAUUAAGUUUUACUAUUAGAGCAGCCCCACCAAUUAGUGCUUUACAGGUUUAUGUGGGACAAGUUGGUUCUUACACUUUACCAACAUUAGGUUGGCAAUGGACUGAAAUUACAAUCCCUGCUUCAAAAAUAAAAUCAAAAAAUGAUAUUGAAUAUUCAUUAUCUUUUUAUAAUAAUAAAAAUCAAACCAAUACUUUAUGGAUCGAUAAUAUUAAAUGGAAUUUCACUCCAGAUUGUCCUCCAACUCCUGCUUUUGUUACUGAUAAAUUUAUUUAA